UUGUUAGACGAUGAAGAGGUAGAAGAACUUGACGCGCGGCGACGGAGGCAGCAGCAGCGGCUUACCUAUGCGAUGCAAGCUGUCCGUGCUGUUCUCAGAGGUACCCUAUCAGAGGAUUUAUUUCUGCUCCUCGAUCGCAAGAGGACAGAAAGCCGUAUGAUCCGAGGCAUCCAGAAUUAUGUCAUCAACGUUGUGCCCAGAUACACAGACACACAAUUCAAAGAGCACUUCAGGAUGGACAGAAGCACUUUUGAGGUCCUGCUGCAGGUCACACAGGAGAGACUCACCACGGAAAGGACACCAAGGAUACCUCUCCAUACAAAGGUGUUAAUGGCUCUGUGGUUGCUUGGCAACCAAGAGUCCUUCCGAGGUGUUGCCGACCGUUUUGGAGUCAACAAGGGCUUGCUUCACUACAUUGUCAACAACAUCAUUGAACUUUGGGCAGGUGCAGCACCAGACUUUAUCCAGUGGCCUUUGUCACUGCAGGAUGUAGCCCACGAAUUCUACCGAAAGUGGCGGUUUCCUGGAGUUGUCGGUGCUGUGGACGGUUGCCAUAUCGCUAUCAAAGCCCCAGAGAAGGAGCAGGAUGCUUAUUACAACAGGAAAGAGUUCCACUCAAUCAUCCUGCAGGGGUGCUGUGAUAGCAACAUGGCAUUCACCCAUGUGCAUGCAGGCUCUCCAGGAAGAAUGCACGAUGCCAAAGUGUUCAGUGCAUCAGGCCUGGACAGGCUAGUAGAGAAGUUACCGGCAAACUUCCAUAUUCUUGGUGACUCGGCCUAUGCACUGUCUGUCGGACUCAUGCGACCUUACAGAAAUAAUGGCCAUCUAAGUGCACAAGAAAUAAAAUUCAAUGAAAGACUAGGUGCAGCAAGAUCAGUAAUUGAGCGUGCAUUCGCACAGCUAAAAGGUAAAUUCAGGCGGUUGAAAUACCUUGACAUGAAAGGCUCUGCACUCAUUAGUAAAUAUGUGCUGGCAUCAUGUGUUCUGCACAACAUCAUUCUUAUGUCAAAGGAUUCCUUUGAUUGUGAGAGCCUGGAGGAGGAAGGCGAUGACGACGAUCCAUCUUUUGAUGGGAACUCCACAGGAGUUUCGGAGAGCAGGGGCGCACUUAAGCGCCGAGCAGUAAUGUUGGCUUUGUAGAAA